GCGCAUCAACACUCUCAAUUCUUCCUGCAGCCACAACGUCCAAGCAUUGGGACCCGCAACUUUUCCUUUUCACCAAGUUUCUUCUCAACUUCAGAUCAUAAACAUAUCAUCCGAUUGCCGACACCUUUACUUUGUAGAGGAAAUCAUAAGGACUGUUGGUGGGAUUGUUUUGGGUUGAUUCCGUCGCUGGCGGCCUUCGAUACAAUGACCGCUCGACCGAACUUUAUUGAUCUACGAUCACAAUCCCAUGGACCCUUUGGGACCGGUAUGCCCUCUCCGAGGGGGCUGCCAUCACCUCGAUUACAUGUGGCAGGAGAGAUACCACCCGAAUUAUCGCCCCUCGAUGCCUUUGCUGCUCAGAGCAGACUACUUGCGAAGCAACUGGAGGAGUGUAAUAAUGGAGGACGACGAGUCAGUCGACUGCCGCCCUUGACCAUAGCGAGUUCUUUGAACCAAAGCAGACCUGGAUACUUUCGGUCGAUAUCUGCUGAUGGGAAGUCUCCACUGUCUCCAACGUCCCCGCCAUCUGGCAUAAAGACUGAGGUAGAAACACCAGGAAACCGGCCAAUAUCCGUAUAUCCCACGGUGAGCGGUGUGAAGGAUAUGGCACCUCCCAUACCUACACCUCGUCUAGAUGCAUUGGACGAAGAAGAUUUCCGAGGUAGGAGACCACCGAGUCCUGAUGACGAUAGGGGAAGCUUUGGCGCAAGAAGGGAACAAUCACCACCAUCUUUGGACAACAGAUCACUACGGACAGGAAAUUCGCCAUCGCACGUUCAACCCCGCCCAAGCAAUGACUCCAUGCGACAAAGAGGGCCACCGCUUAGAAGAGAUUACGAUGGCUCGUUAGGGAUCAGUGGCUAUGAUUCAAGAGCUCUAGCUCCUCCACGGUCACCAUUCAGUCAACGGACAUCCAGUCCCAGAUCCAUGUCUAUGGAAAGCUCAGACGAUGACUUCAAUUCUUUGAAUCCACCUGCCAUUUCCCCGCAUCGAAAAUUAUCUACAGGAAGUGGUUUCUCAAAUUCUCCAAUCUCGCCGACCUUGUACUCCACGAGAUCGCCAUCCAUAAGCUCGGAAAUUUCCGUUGGUGGUACAAGACUUCCUCGACCAGCGUUCAACUUCUCACGGCCGAUAAGUCGCGCAAGCAUGAAUGGACUACCCGUAGAGGCUCCGUCACGGCAGGCAUCCUCUGACAGUCAACCUUCAUUCAUUCUUGCUGAUGACACAGCAAAUACACCAGUCAGUAUGCACUCGGAGGGAUUUCCAGACAAUAGCGAAAACACACCAGCACCUUCUUAUGUCUACUCGAAGUUUUCAUUGCCAAGAGGGAAAAUGUUGCAACGAAAUUCUCUCAUCUUUCAGGAGGGGUUGCCUCAAGCGCAAUUCUCAUGGGAGCAGCCAAUCUCUUUCAGCAAUGUCCAAGCUAUCAACGGCGCUGCGCCCCCUUCGCCGCCUUCUAGACCCUCAACCUCUUCGAUCAGACCUGAUUUUACGCAAAUACGACCAUCCUUAGACCCUGGGAGGCCAUCAUAUGAUCCAAGCAGACCAUCAUUAGAUCCAGGUCGACCUUCACUCGAUCCUAGCAGACCGAUAUACGAGAGACUUGCGCAUUCCACGACCUCGAUUCCGACAUCCCGAGAACGGCCGGUGUCUGCUUCGGAUGCAUCAUCAGCUACAUUGAAGGCAAGGUCUCAGCAUUCCGUAGCACCGGCAGACUGGUCAGCUGAAGAGAACGUUGAGAAAGCUAUCGAGUACCACGAAGCUGGUGCUCUCACCAAAUCCACUUAUCAUCUUCGUCUUGCAGCGCGACAAAACCAUCCAACUGGAAUGUUGCUGUAUGCCUUAGCUUGCCGACAUGGAUGGGGCAUGCGACCAAAUCAAAGGGAAGGUGUGGCUUGGCUUCGUAAAGCCGCCGAUUGUGCUAGCCUGGAAGUGGCUGGUGAUGCAGAUUUGGUCAAGGAAGGAAAGGCUGUCGACUAUCUAGAGCAAAAGACACGAAAAGCCCAGUUUGCUCUUAGUAUUUACGAGCUGGGUGUUAGUCACAUGAAUGGAUGGGGCAUUGAGCAGGAUAAAGUGCUUGCAUUGAGAUGCUUCGAGAUUGCAGGUUCUUGGGGAGAUGCCGAUGCUUUGGCUGAAGCUGGAUUUUGCUAUGCCCAAGGAGUUGGGUGCAAGAAGGAUCUUAUGAAAAGCGCAAAGUUCUACAGGCAAGCCGAAGCAAAAGGAAUUAGCAUGAUUGGUAAUAGUUGGAUCUACAAAUCAAAAUACAAUGAUGAUGCAGACAACUCCAAGAAGUCUUCCGAGUCACGAGCUGGACGCUUAUCAGCCGAAAAGGAUAGAGGGAAGAAAAGAGACAAGUCCCGUAAUAGGACUUUCUUCGGAAGGAAGAACACCUCAUAAUGGGGCAGAGGUUAACG